GCUGUUUGAAAAAGAUUAAGAGGUUAGUAACUAUUGAACCCUGAAAAGAUAAAACGACCUGCUGCAAUGGCUGAAAAAAGAAGUCCUUCUCCUACUCCUCCUCUCCCUCCUAACAGCUUGAGCUCAGUUAUGAAUGGUAAACCAGCUCUUAAGACUGUGUGUGCUAUAGUUAGGACAAGUAGAUGGCAUCAGUUGGGUAUACAGCUAGGAGUUGAUGAGGAAAUGCUGCAGGAUAUAGAGAAUGACAGAUCAGAGACACAAGAUAAAAGAACACAGAUGUUUCGUCUUUGGAUUGCAAGCCAACCAGGAGCUAGUCACAAUCAACUGGUUGAGGUACUGAGACUCAAAGUAAUGGGAGAGGACAGAAUGGCUCAGGAAUAUGAAGAAAAAGUGAAGGAGGAAGCAUCUAAAACCACAGAAGCUACUCAAACAGACUUAGGAGCUCAAGUUGCACAAGUAUCAACAUCUUUAACAGUACCUACUUGGAGCACAAGCACAGUUAUCACUUCAAUGGUAGAGAAAGCAUCAGAUGUACUAACAGAUCAGGCGUAUCAAUUACAAGAAAAAUAUGACAAGCUCCUACAGCUGAUACAGGGUUUCUCAAAAAAUGCCGACGUAGGAAUAGUCAAGAACCAGCUAAGAAAUGUACUACAGGAGAAGUGCUUCAAUCAGUCACAUGGAAUUAGCUUUUACAAGAAGCUAAUCGAUAAGAUUACAAGCAUGGAUGAAGUAUUUGCUUUUCUCAUUGAGAAUCACUUUGUUGGUUACUUAAAUUAUUAUCUUCUAAUGAGAUUCUCAAGUAAGGUUAUAUGUGGAGAUGGGCACAAAAAGGCACAAAAGAAAGUACUAAAGUAUGAGAAGCACUAUCGUAAGUUCAUUGAAGAGCCUGCCUUUUACCAACUCAUUGAGGUUUUUGAUGACAACCCUCAUCUAAACCCAGGCACUGUUGUGGGACUACCGAUUGUUGUCAUUCGCCUUUCGCAACAGUGGAAAACCAGAAAUAAAAAAGAUCUAAACGAAUGGAUAUCUUUUCUAAAAGAGAACAAGCACCUACUUCAAAGUAUCGGCUACAAAUGCAUACUGAUUACUUAUGCUAUUUUUCCUGUUCACCUGCUCAAAGUUAUGAGAUUCCUAAGCAAUGAAGAACACAUGAAAAGACUUAAAGAAAACGGAAUAACAAUCGAAACUCCUUCAUAUACAAUGGAAAUAGCAGAGAGACUGAGAGAAGCAUCAACAGAAGAGUUGGUAGAGGAGGAGGAAGAUGAAAUGCAGUGUCAGUACUUUUUAUUGCUGGAAAAAGUAAAGAGGAUGGAACAAGAGCAGUUGAGGGACAGGGCAUACUACAUUGUACAGAUUGCAGUAACAAGAGCAACAGAGCGUGUGACACGUGAUGAAUUUGAGACGUCCUAUGAGGAAAAGUUAAAUACAAUUCAAAAGCAGAUUUUUGAGGAUGUACUGGAGUUACUCAAGGCUGAUACUGAAAGGAUUGAAAGAAUACAUCAACGCAAAAGAUCAGAAAGGGGUCUCGACCCAGAGAUUAAAAGAAAAGCUUCGACAAAAAAAGUUAAGACUAUGCUAAAAGCUUCGUUGAAAAAACCUAUUCUAAGGACAUCCCAUGAUUAUGACGAUAUAGUCAGUGGCCUUGACAGUGGUUACACUACACAAAGAUCAUCCUGCACCAGCAGAGUCAUGUAUUACAUACCACAGUAACUUUUGCAUUACAACCUUUAGCGAUUUUGUCAUGGAACUGUAUAGAAACUGGAUUAUUACCAUUAAUGUAUAUUAAUUAAUUAACUAAUUAUUAAUAAUUUGUGCAUAUAUAAAGCCAGUUGGCCUUAUUUGAAAGAGAGUUCUUUGUUAUUCAGCUAGUCUCUAAGUAAAA